UCCACAACUCCACACCUUUCACUGUACCUAUUGUAUUGUUGUGUAUAUACAGUGUGCGUUCCAACAGCCAAUUUCGGAGCGUAUCGUUUUUUCGUAGUUCAUCGUGCAGUUAUUGUUCCGUUUGAUUGUUGUUUUACAAGUAGUUGGGCCUUGCUCCAAAAUUCAAAGAUACUUAUUAGAAAAAAAAAAAAAAAAAAAAACAACCAUUGAUAAUUCGCGUGUGGCUGUGUGGACACAUUUGUUUACACGACACGAGCACGCGUGUAUACGGUAGUCUGCAUAAUGAUGAUGCAGUCUCUUCUCAGGAGGAAGAGGACGGGUACGAUGAUCCUGGGCUGGGACGUAAGUGGCGAGCCCAGCCACGGUGCAUCGCUACGAUGAGAGCCCUCGUCGAGGAGCCGAGUGAAAACUUUACUCCCCAACAAUAACGGCGAGUACUUAAAAUGGGCAAGACCAGGGGAGUGCACGAGACCACUCCGGAGAUUCGUAAUCGCAUGGUUGGUAUGUUCGAGGCUGGCCUCGGGCUGCGGGAGAUAGCGGUGGCUGUCAACUGCUCGCAAAGAACUGUCAAACGCUGGCUCAACAGAUUCAACCGGGAGGGAAGCGUCGAGACUCGCGAUAGGUGCGGCCGAAAGAGAGCCACGACUCAGGAAGAGGACGAUGCUAUCGCUCGCCUGGCUACCCAAACCCCCAUCACGGCUGCCAAGGCUGUGUUACCUGCCCUGGGGCUGCACUGUUCCGUUGACACAGUCCGCGAGAGGUUGCACAAGGCCGGCAUCCACAACUGGAGGAUUCCCUCCAAGAAGCACAUACAGAAGAUCCCGAUAGACAUUUCAGAUGAGUCGGGUAUUCAGCAGGCAGUCUGGAGGACUACCGGCACUCAAGUGGGUAAGAAGAAACUGGCCAAACCUGGACCCAGCACCAACGACUCUGCACAGCCAAAGAAGAAAGCGUCUUCCCCCAGAGUCAAGUCCAAGCAGCCCAGAGAGCAGGAGAGUCUGCCGUACCAACCUCCAGUUUCCGGGGCUCAGGAGUUGGAGCAACGAGCGAGCGACGUCCAGUUGUUGGCAUCGCCUCUGCUGCCACAGACCACGAUGUCCCUCGAUCCGAGCCAUCAGUUUAACCACUCGUUGAAUCCUCUGCCGCAGCCGCUCUACCAGCACCACCCGGGCCUGAAUAUGACGCAAGUUUGGCCUCUGGAUCUCGUGCACAGUGCGCACCAUUAUCCACAGCAUCCAGUCCACUUGCACGAACAUCACUCGGCAAUGCACCUUCAGUCUCACUUGCACGACGGUACCAACGAGGUACAACAGCACUCUCGAGCCGUGUCGGAAACUCCGAUGCAGUCGACAAUCGUGCCUCUUCAGAAUUUUGAUCAGCACAAGGUGGCCAGUCACCAGGGUGUUCCGGAACCACCUCGAGAGAAAAUGAUUGCCGGAUGCUCGGAGAGUCGUUCCAACUCGAGCAGCAUUUGUUCCAAUGAAAACAGUCAAAGCUCGAAUGCGAGCAAUAGCGAAACGAACAAUGGGGACUGUGAUGACUCGAGCAAAGGAAAAAAUGCGAAAAGCAUGGAGAAUGAGCAGAAGAAGAAAGGUGGCAAAGUGAAAGGGACGCUCGAGACGAGUGUCGAGAUACGCAACCGCAUGAUCGGCAUGGCCGAGGCCGGGCUGUCGACGCUGUCCAUUGCCCUCGCCAUCAACAGAUCUGAACGGACGGUCAAACGGUGGCUCGACAGGUGGCACAGGGAAGGCAAUGUUCAGACGAAAGAGAGAAAAGGCAGGAGGCGCAUCACGACCAAGGAGCAGGACGAUGCUAUCGUGGCGAUGGCGAGUCAACAGCCGUUGACAGCCGCAAAACACGUGGUACCCGCGCUGGGUCUCAAAUGCAGUGUGGACACGAUUAGGGAGAGGUUGCACAGAGCUGGCUUCCAUAGUUGGAAGUUGGGGAAAAAGCAGGGGAAGGGCAAUGUCGUUCACAACGUCCACCUUUGGCAGCCCAGUGGCAACAGAUCAAAUAGGAACAAGGCCAGUGGAAACAAAAGAAAGAAAUCUGUGAAAAAACGUUCCACAGGAGUCGAUAGUAAUAAACAAAUAAAUAAGAAACAAACUGAAGAAGUGCCACCUGUAAAAGUUGUUUUACCAGCCGCAAACGUGGUACCGGAAAAAAUCGACUCCCAGUUUCAGAAUCAAUCGCAAUCUCCUCCAGUGACUCAGACAACCCAAGACUUGAGCAGCGUAGCCGGUCUUAUGCAGCCGCAAAUUCCUUCUGCGUGUAGUGCGAAUUCAAUUCCUAGUCAAAGUCUACAUCUACUGGGACCCGUAAUGCCACAGAGACCGGAUUGCAGAUUGGCGUUCUCCGCAAUCGUGCCGACAAUACCGGGUCAAUUUACUAGCAGCAUUCCUCUAUCCUCGUGCAUGAUGGCCGGCACAUCUCAUCCGAUACACGUGGAACAAUCGGACCCUAUGAACUAUGAGCCUUACAUCUGGAGCUUUUAAAAAGUACAGAUGGAUGUGCUUUUUUUUUAUUCGCAUUUAAAACGUGUCAAGGACAUUUAAGGUCAUAAAAUUACGGUUGCUUUUCCUGUGACUAUUUUUGUACUUUUGUACAAAAUCCAAUUUUAUACCUUGGAGAGUACAGUUUCUUUUUUAUAAUAAGUCAUGGCUGUACAAGUUUGAAACAAAUAUUGAUCUCAACUACGAAAUGUGAUGUAAUUUCUUUAAUAAUUUAAUCUAAUAAAAAUAUCAUGACAAAAAUCUAAGCAACAAUGUAAUUAUUAAUGUAG